AACGUUCACGUAAACCAUCUUAAGUGUUCUUGUUGUCAUAGACAAUCUGUCUCUUUUCAACUUUCCUUUCUCUCUCUCUUUCUAUCUGUCAAUCUCUUCAUCUCUUCGCUGCAGAUUUCACGACAAAACACAACCCUUUACAAUCCCAUUCUUGUUUUUUAUCAUCACUACAGUUUCAAUUCUUCUUCCAUUGAGAUCGAAAGGAAAUAGCAGCCAAAGCUGACCGGUAUGGCAAUGACUUUUCCCGCCGGAAUUGUCAUCGUUGCCUUACUUUUGCCCGUCUCACUGGUUUUUUCUUCUUUUCCGGCUACUCUUACUCUUGAGAGGGGGAUUCCUCCCAGUCAUAGGCUUGAGUUGAACCAGCUCAGAGAACGAGAUAGCUCUAGGCAUCGUAGAAUAUUGCAGUCUGCUGGUGGAGUCGUGGAUUUCCCUGUUCAAGGAACAUUCAAUCCCUUCCUCGUUGGGCUUUAUUAUACAAAAGUGCAAUUGGGUUCUCCUCCAAAAGAUUUCUAUGUACAAAUAGAUACUGGGAGUGAUGUUCUGUGGGUCAGUUGCAGCUCCUGCAAUGGUUGCCCUGUUACUAGUGGACUCCAAAUUCCACUCACUUCCUUUGAUCCUGGAAGCUCAUCAACAGCUUCAUUGAUCUCUUGUUCAGACCAACGAUGCGCUGUUGGAAUUCAAUCAUCAGAUUCUCUGUGUUCUUCUCAAAGCAAUCAAUGCGGGUACACCUUCCAGUAUGGGGAUGGCAGUGGUACAACAGGCUAUUAUGUAGCUGAUUUGUUGCACUUUGAUACGGUUCUUGGUGGGUCUGUGACCAAUAGUUCUUCAGCUUCUGUUGUCUUCGGGUGUAGCACAUUACAGACUGGGGACUUGACAAAGUCUGAUAGAGCAGUUGAUGGGAUCUUUGGUUUUGGGCAACAGGACAUGUCUGUCAUCUCGCAGCUGGCUUCACAGGGGAUAACACCAAAGGUUUUCUCUCAUUGCUUGAAAGGAGAUGAUGCAGGUGGUGGUGUACUGGUUCUUGGAGAAAUUGUGGAGCCAAAUAUUGUUUAUACUCCACUUGUCCCAUCACAGCCUCAUUAUAAUUUAAAUCUACAGAGCAUUUCUGUUAAUGGCCAAACUUUAGCCAUUGAUCCAUCAGUUUUUGCAACAUCAACCAGUCAGGGAACAAUAGUUGAUUCUGGAACAACCUUGGCAUAUCUUUCUGAAGCAGCUUAUGGUCCUUUUGUCAAUGCUAUUACAUCUAUUGCUUCACAAAAUGCACGCACAUAUCUUUCUAAGGGAAAUCAAUGUUACUUGGUCACCACCAGUAUUAAUGAUGUAUUUCCUCAAGUUAGUUUCAACUUUGCUGGAGGUGCAUCCUUGAUUUUAAAUCCUCAGGACUACCUUCUACAGCAAAAUUCUGUUGGUGGAGCUGCAGUAUGGUGCAUUGGCUUUCAAAAAACUCCAGGUCAAGAAAUUACUAUCUUAGGAGAUCUUGUCCUAAAAGACAAAAUCUUUGUUUAUGAUAUUGCUAAUCAACGGCUUGGAUGGACUAAUUAUGAUUGUUCCAUGUCUGUAAAUGUCUCUACAACUACAAAUACUGGCAAAAGCGAGUUUGUCAAUGCAGGUGAGAUCAGUAACAACAGUUCACCAAGGAAUGUGCCUCACAAGCUGAUACCAAUAACCAUGAUAACUCUCCUUCUGCGCAUGUUUACGCUUGGAACUUACCGGUUUUUAUAACAUACCCUGAACUACCAUUCUUUCUUUGUAAUGCUCUUGCUGGUUUAUAUUUAUUGUAACUGGCAGAGCCACGCACUCUUUAGUUGUUUCUGAGUGUGCAGUAGCUUGGGAGUCUGAAUCUUUAUUGAGCUCUGUAAAUUACAAUUCACACAGCAUUAAUUUAUAGAAAUUUCUCAGUUUUGUUACUUA